CCAAAAAAUAGAAUUUAUGUUUGUUAACCCAAUUUUCCUUCCAAGUUUCAGGUAUUUUAGGGUUUUCAUUGAUCACGAUCCAUAUGAAUCCUCCACUUCCGUCGUGUCACCCACCGGCACAGGCAGAGGAACUGCCGUUUCCAGUAGCAGAGGAAACGGAUACCCCGGCGCCAAAGAAGCAUAAAAUAGGAGAUCAGGAGGACACUGCCAAUAUCUCCGAUGAGGAGGAUGGUUAUACCAAUCCGCUAUUUGCUGACUACGAUUCGGAAGAAGAAAAUUAUUGCCCAGAUAUCCCCGGUGCCAAAAUGGAUAAACCUCUCUGGGAGAAAUACUGGAAACAGAUCGAGGAGAGCGAGGGAUUUGAUAUCACAGAUUGUCCUGGAGGGUGUUGGAUGACUACUAUUGUUCCCAUGCAACACAUCUUGUACACUACUGAGAAUGUUGACCGGUUGAAGGGUCAUGCUGGAAAGGCACUUGAGCAUUACAACAAUAUUAAUGGAACUAGUUAUGAGGUCGACAACAUUUUGAAGGUGAAUGGACAAGCUGCUGGUCGUUUUUUUGCUUACUAUCUUACCUUUUCUACCAAAAACGGUGAGACACAUACUUUUCAAGCAAAGGUGCUGGAAGAUUUAGAUGAUUCCACACAGGUUCUUAUCGUCAGGCCUAAGGUUGCUACCAUGGGGUAAAGGAGGUUAUUGUUACACAUUUGUUGGUGUGUUUUCAGCAUUUUCAGAUUCUAUCUUUAGUCUUAGUGGAAUGUGUUAUAUCAAAAGAUUAAUUUCAAGAACCUUAUCAUUUUUAUACACUCCUUGUCAUUUUAUGUGAUACUUUUGGUAUGUUGUACACAAAUUUAACUUGUUGGGAAAGAAGACAUUAAGAUGA